CGAAAAAAGGGAGGGAAAGGGAGGGAAAAAAAAAAAAGAUAGGGUUUUUGCGAGGUCUCCUUCGAUCGAUCCCCUUCCAAACCCUAGGCCCCUUCGUCUCCGAUCCGCGCGUCUUCGGCUUCCUCCGGCCAAUCUGCGCCCAUCUCCGCCGCCUCCGGCCGCCGCGGCGCUGUUCUCCGCCGCAGAUCGCGCGAAUCGAGGGGCGGUGGGGCGACUUGGGGCGAGAUCCGAGGGUUCUUGAGAUACUCCUCGGAUCAUCUCACGAUCCCUCGCUUCCGUGGGGAAAAGGAUGCUCGAUCGAGUCGGAUUUGAGCGGAGAGCGAUUUGAAUCCAUCGCACGCAGCCGCGGACGCGAUGGAGGAUGCGAAGCCGUCGAUUUCUUCGCGAUCUGGCGACGGAGGCGCUAUGGAGGCCCGAUUCGCGGAUCUCUGCAAGAGCAAGUUUGAACUUGAUGAGAGCACGAUGAGGCAGGCGAUAAUGCUGUUCAGCGAGACCAAGCAUAUUCUCAUCGCAAGCUUGUCGAACAUCGGAAGCGGAUCGCCUGAGGAGAUUGAGAGGUUUUGGUCUGCAUCUGUUCUAUACUGUGUGUCGAGGCUGAACAAGGGGAGAGCCAAGCAGGAUAACCAAGAUCGGAGUAUUACACUCUGUCAGAUCCUCAGGGUCUUUAAGUUGAAGAUGGUCGAUUUCUUCAAGGAGAUGCCACAAUUCUGUCUCAAGGUCGGACAUAUUCUGCGCGGCAUAUUUGGUUCAGAUUGGGAGAAGAGGCUUGAGCUGAAGGAGUUACAGGCAAAUUUUGUCCACCUAAGUCUCCUAAGCAGGUACUAUAGACGCGCAUAUCAGGAAUUAUUCUUACCAAGCAACAAAAUCAGUGAUCAAAAUUCUACAUGUUGUGGCAAUGAGGGAUAUGUUUCUGACUACCACCGUUUUGGAUGGUUACUAUUUUUGGCUCUACGGAUUCAUGCAUUCAAUCGAUUCAAGGACCUGGUGACCUGUACUAAUGGAAUAAUUUCUAUAUUGGCCACUUUAAUUAUUCACAUUCCUGUACGAUUAAGGAAUUUUACUAUCCAGGAAUCUCCAAAUUUUGUUAAGAAAUCAGACAAGGGCGUCAACCUUCUUGCAUCUCUUUGUGAGAAAUAUCAUACAUCAGAAGAUGAGUUGAGAAGAGCCCUGGAAAAAACGAAUAACUUGAUAGUGGAUAUAUUGAAGAAAAAUCCACGACUGGCUUCAGAAUUCCAGAAGGAUACUUUAGAUUUCAUUGACCCAGAUGGUCUAAUAUACUUUGAGGAUUUGUUAGAGGAAAGUUCAUUGCAAUCGAGUUUGCUUAUCUUGGAAAAAGAUUACGAUAAUACAAUUAAUACAAAAGGCGAGCUAGAUGAACGCAUGUUUGUCGAUGAUGAGGACAGUUUACUUGGUAGCGGAAGCCUAUCAGGUGGUGCCAUUCAUUUAUCUGGCAGGAAGCGGAACUAUGAUGCAUUGGCCUCACCAGCAAAGUCCAUAACAAGUCCGAUGUCUCCCCCAUGUUCUCCGGCCUCACCUCUUCACGGAAAUGGCUUUUCUAACUCUAAGAUGGCUCCAAUCACACCAGUGAGCACAGCCAUGACAACCGCCAAGUGGCUUCGCAAUGUAAUCUCUCCUUGCCCUUCAAGACCUUCCGCAGGUCUUUUGCGCUUUUUCUCAGCAUGCGAUAAGGAUGUUACAAACGACAUUGUUCGCAGAGCUAGUAUAAUACUGGGUGCAAUAUUUCCUACCACUUCCUUCGGAGAACGAGUUACGUCUACUAGUUUGCAGAGUGCAAACAGGAUGGAUGCUAUAUGGGCAGAACAGAGAAAAGCAGAGUCCGUGAAACUGUAUUAUAGGGUUUUGGAAUCAAUGUGUAGAGCAGAGUCGCAGAUAUUAAACGGGAGCAAUCUUACUUCUCUACUAUGCAAUGACCGGUUUCAUCGAUGCAUGCUUGCUUGUUCGGCGGAACUGGUGUUGGCUACCCACAAGUCAGUGACUUUGAUGUUCCCUGCUGUUUUGGAGAAAACUGGCGUAACGGCUUUUGAUUUAAGCAAGGUGAUAGAGAGUUUUGUUAGACAUGAGGAGACUCUUCCGAGAGAACUGAAACGGCAUUUGAAUUCCUUGGAGGAGAGGCUUCUGGAAUGCAUGGCGUGGGAGAAGGGUUCAUCAAUGUAUAAUUCCUUGAUUGUUGCAAAGCCUGGUCUCUCUGCAGAAAUUACCUGGCUAGGGUUAUUGGCAGAACCUAUGCCAUCUCUAGAUGCUAUUGCAGCACAUCCUGAUGUUUCCCAUGGAGGUCUUCCACCUCUACCAUUUCAAAGGCAUGAACGAGCACCAGAUCAAUAUGGAGAUCCUAGAACACCCAAGAGAGCAUGCACCGAAAAGGCGAAUGUGUUGACAGAGCGUAAUUCAUUUAAGUCACCAGUAAAGGAAACUUUAUUGCUCUUUAGCAGCCCUAAAUCAAAGUUGCCACCUCUUCAAUCUGUUUUCGCAAGUCCAACGAGACUGAAUCCUGCUAGAGGAGGGGAGACGUGUGCUGAAACAGGCAUCAAUAUCUUCUUUAACAAGAUCACAAAGCUAGCUGCUAUCAGAAUCAGAAGUUUGAGUGAGAGACUACAACUCUCUCAGCAAGUUUUGGAGCGAGUAUAUUGCCUCUUCCAACAAAUCCUUAGCCAACGAACAUCUCUUUUCUUCAACCGCCAUAUCGACCAGCUCAUCCUAUGCUGCUUUUAUGGUGUCGCUAAGAUUUCUCAUCUGAGUCUCACAUUUAAGGAGAUCAUUUUCAACUACAGAAAGCAACCACAAUGCAAGCCUCAGGUUUUCCGUAGCGUCUUUGUACACUGGCCAUCAACAAGUCUCAAUGAAAAAACUGGAGAGGAGCAUGUGGACAUCAUCACCUUUUACAACAAGAUAUUUAUUCCUUCUGUCAAGCCAUUGUUGGUGGAGCUAGGACCAUCAGGAGUUAUUUCUAAAGAUAAGAAGACUACUGAAGAUAAGAGUAACCCUGAUGGCCAAAUUCCCGGAUCACCUCGAAUUCCUCCUUUUCCAAAUCUUCCUGAUAUGUCCCCGAAGAAAGUCUCUGCUGCUCACAAUGUUUAUGUAUCUCCUCUGCGAUCGUCAACAAUGGAUUCGUUGCUUUCACCUAGCUCGAAGAGCUACUAUGCAUGUGUCGGCGAGAGCACUCACGCUUUCCAGAGCCCCUCCAAGGACUUAACAGCCAUCAAUAACCGCUUGAAUUGUGGGAGGAAAGCAGGGGGGAGGCUCAACUUUGAUGUGGUGAGUGAUUCAGUCGUUGCUGGGAGCCUUGGCAACCAAAAUGACAGCCCGGCCUCCUCAGUUGCAUCUGCCGCCACCUUCAAGGCGCGGGUCAAGUCCGAGCCAUCUGAUUCAUGAUGGAUGGCUUUGUGGUAUUCGGCGAUCUACUCCCUACCGUAAUCCUCUACCAAUCUUGCUAUUACGAUAUGCCUCCAAGUGAGCAUUAAUCUGAUGGGGAGUGGUAGACGUGCUGAGCAGUAUAAUGCUGAAGAAUAAACAAACAAAUGCUGCUCUCAAAAGCACUCCAUCAGGUGCUUGUGUUAGUUUGCUCCAAGUCGACGCUGCUCUCUAAAGGACGGCUUGUAGUUUUCUCCGAGUCGGUAAAAUAGGAAAUGUACCAUCUUCACCAAUGUAAUUCAAUAAUCUUUUUCUUUAUUUCUUUUUUUUUUUUCCCUCUUCCGUUUGUGUGUGUGUGUGUGCGCACGCGUGUGCCCUGCUAUGUUAAAGAUUGUGGGUUUAGUUAGUUGGCGAUAUAUUUAUUGUGCUAAAGCUUUUUGGUAAGAUUAUUGUAAAUAUCUGUAGUCAUCAGCAUAGUUUGUAAACUGAACUUGUUCUUGCCUUUCUUUUAAUUCCCAGUAUGAUCAUUUGGUA